AUGGCCUCGAAACGCAAAGCCUCGGCGCUGAACCCGGCCGUCGCCCAAGAACCCGUCGACCCUUCUGACGAGUUGAUGUUUCUCUGCCUGGGCGGUGGCAAUGAAGUUGGCCGAUCGUGUCACAUUGUUCAAUACAAGGGCAAGACCGUCAUGCUCGACGCUGGACAGCACCCCGCGUACGAUGGGCUCGCCGCGCUUCCCUUUUACGACGACUUCGACCUCAGCACCGUAGACGUCCUCUUGAUCAGCCAUUUCCAUAUCGACCAUGCCGCGUCGCUGCCAUAUGUGCUGGCAAAGACCAACUUCCGGGGUCGCGUCUUCAUGACGCACCCGACCAAGGCCAUCUACAAAUGGCUGAUUCAGGACAGCGUCCGCGUUGGAAACACAUCUGCCAACUCGACGACGCAGCCCGUGUACACUGAGCAGGAUCACCUAAACACGUUCCCUCAAAUCGAGGCCAUCGACUACCACACAACCCACACCAUCUCUUCCAUCCGAAUCACCCCCUACCCUGCCGGCCAUGUGCUAGGGGCCGCCAUGUUUCUCAUAGAAAUCGCCGGCUUGAACAUCUUCUUUACCGGCGACUACUCGCGCGAGCAAGACCGCCACUUGGUUUCUGCAGAGGUCCCCAAAGGCGUCAAGGUUGACGUCCUCAUCACCGAGUCGACCUAUGGCAUCGCGUCUCAUGUUCCCCGGCUGGAGCGCGAGCAAGCCUUGAUGAAGUCCAUCACGGGCAUCCUCAACAGGGGCGGCCGCGCCUUGCUGCCCGUGUUCGCCCUGGGCAGAGCCCAGGAGCUUCUCCUCGUCCUGGACGAGUACUGGGGAAAGCAUCCCGAGUUCCAGAAGUAUCCCAUUUACUACGCCAGCAACUUGGCCAGGAAGUGCAUGGUCAUUUACCAGACAUAUGUCGGCGCCAUGAACGACAACAUCAAGCGCCUUUUCCGCGAACGCAUGGCCGAAGCCGAGGCUAGUGGCGACGGUGCCGGCAAGGGCGGACCCUGGGAUUUCAAGUACAUCCGGUCGUUGAAGAACCUCGACCGCUUCGACGACGUGGGCGGGUGCGUCAUGCUCGCCAGCCCGGGCAUGCUGCAGAGCGGCGUCAGCAGGGAGCUCUUUGAAAGAUGGGCCCCCAGCGAGAAGAACGGCGUCAUCAUCACGGGGUACAGCGUCGAGGGCACCAUGGCCAGGCAGGUCAUGCAAGAACCGGAUCACAUCCCUGCCGUCAUGUCGCGCAACCUCGCCACCAGCCGCAGAGCACCCAACGGAGAAGCAGAAAGACCUCUCAUUCCCCGCCGCUGCAGCGUCCAAGAGUACUCGUUUGCCGCCCACGUUGACGGCGUCGAGAACCGCGAGUUUAUAGAAGAAGUCGCCGCUCCAGUUGUUAUCCUCGUCCACGGCGAACAGCACAACAUGAUGCGUCUCAAAUCCAAGCUCCUCUCCCUCAACGCCAGCAAAACCUCCAAAGUAAAAGUCUACUCCCCCCGCAACUGCGAAGAGCUCCGGAUCCCCUUCAAAGCCGACAAGAUUGCCAAGGUAGUCGGCAAACUAGCCUCCCUGCCUCCGCCGCAGGACGUCACCGUCGACGCUGCCUCGGCGCCCCUCGUGACUGGCGUCCUUGUCCAAAACGACUUCAAACUGUCCCUGAUGGCUCCCGACGACCUCCGCGAAUACGCAGGCCUAAACACCACCACCAUCACGUGCAAGCAGCGCCUCACGCUCAGCGCCGCAGGAAUCGACCUCAUCAAGUGGGCACUCGAAGGAACGUAUGGCACCAUCGAGCCACUACCCGAGAUGAGACACCAAGUCAACGGCAAACCGAACGGCACGGGGGCGGGCAAAGGCGAAGACGAGGAAAAAGAAGAAGACAAAGACGAAGGCGAAGACGAAGACGAAGACGAGUACAAGCCCGAAGGGGCAGAGUCCGAAGCCGCAGACGAAGAAGUGGGCACCCUCGUGGCAGCGUACCUCGUCAUGGGCUGCAUCACGGUGCGCUACCGCACCACCGGCCAAGUCGAACUCGAAUGGGAAGCCAACCUGCUCAACGACGGCAUCGCAGACUCCGUCAUGGCCGUCCUGUUCAGCGUCGAGUCCUCCCCCGCGGCUGUGAAGCGCUCCUCCGCCAACCAUGCGCACCACCAACCCGUCCGGCCAGACGAGGAAAACCCGCACGCGCGCCCCUCCUCGGCGGAUCGCCUGGAGCGCCUGUUCUGGUUCCUGGAGGCGCAGUUUGGCGCCGACAACGUCCGCCCCGUCGAAACGCCCCGUCUGGCUGAGCAGGAGCAGCAGCACCCGGACGAAACGGCAGUCGACGGGGACCAGGACUCGGAGGAGCGCCAGAGGAAGGAGAUUGAGCGCCUGCACAAGCUGGGGAUUCCUGUCCCCGGGAUAUCCAUCAAGGUCGAUAAGAUGGUCGCGACGGUGUGGCUGGAGGAUCUGGACGUGCAAUGUUCUAACAAGGUGUUUGCGGACAGGGUACGGGCCGUGGUGGAAAGAGGCGUCGAGGUGACGGCGCCGCUUUGGGCGUAA